CCCCUUUCCCUCUCGCCAGUCCGCCACCGCCAUCCUUUCCCACUGGCCCUGUGCCGCUCCACAUCACCUCUGUAUCUCCCUCGCCCUCGUCUCGCCGGCGGAGACUGGGCGCCAUGGCCCACUCCUGCCUCUCCACGGCGCGCACGGCGGCGCUGCGCCCCAAUCCCCAUGCCGCCGCCGGGCCGCACCUCCACUAUGCGUCCGUCUUCCCCCGCCCGGCGUGCGCGUCGUCCCACCACCGGCAGCGGCUGAUCCUCGCGGCGCCUGCGGUGCCUCUGUCGCGUAUGAGCAGGCGCGGGCUCGCGGUCACCGCGAUGGCGUCGCAGGAGGAGGCCACGGCCGUGCAGGAGGAAGCCGCCGCGGAGCAACCGCGAGAGGAUGAGCCAAUAGGGGAGGCUGUGCAGGAGGAGGAGCAGGAUCAAGGUGGGGCCGUGGAGGCUAGCUCGGGCAGCGUCGAUGACUAUGGUGAUGGCGCUGGCACGGGCGCGGCGGAGGCGGCGAGCAGCGCCACCAAGCUGUACUUCGGGAACCUGCCGUACAACUGCGACAGCGCGCUGCUCGCCGGCAUCGUGCAGGAUCAUGCGACUCCGGAGAUGGUCGAGGUGCUGUACGACCGGACGACAGGGAGAAGCCGAGGCUUCGCCUUUGUGACGAUGAGCACACUCGAGGACUGCGAGCGAGUCAUCAAGAACCUUGACGGCACCUUGUACAGUGGGCGCACGAUGAGGGUGAACAUGGCCGACAAGCCGAAGCCGAAGGAGCCCCUGUACCCGGAGACGGAGCACAAGCUCUUCGUCGGCAACCUGUCCUGGACGGUCACCCCAGAGAUGCUUACUGACGCGUUCCAGCAGUGCGGUGACGUGGUCGGCGCGAGGGUGCUCUACGAUGGCGAGACCGGCCGGUCCCGUGGCUACGGCUUCGUCUGCUACUCCACCAAGGAGGAGAUGGACCAGGCUAUCGAAACGCUCAAUGGAACGGAAAUAGAAGGCAGGGAGAUCCGGGUCAACUUGGCCCUUGGGAAGAGAUACUAGAGCUCGAUCACUUCUUCACAUAGGAGGAGUUUGCAGCAGGCACAUGCAGUGCUCUCUUCGUUCCUCCCAAUGCUGAGUUACAAAGCAACCAGGGAGGCGGCCAUUGCUCGUCGAAGCAUAUUGCGAGAGCGGCAACGGGGAAGAUGUCGUUCUGAAUCGUAGCAUCACUGAGACGCUGGUCUGAUGUUAUCGAUAUGGUGUAUAUUUGAUGAUGCGAAAUUUGCGACUGAACAGUAUUGGGUUGCUGCUAAUCAGAGAUUCCCACAGUUCCAUGCUCUUGGAACUGCAUUUUUUUUCA